UUCUCUAGCUCGAUCCUCCCCAUCUUGCUGUGGUAGUUCGGUUCUCUUCCUGCAGACGCGUUGAUUCGAAUCGUUGGUGCGCGGCGAUUGCUGAGGGGGGCGAGAUGGCAGAGAAGCGCAAGGCCUCCGGCGACGCUCCGGGGACGUCGCGGCCACCUGCACGGAUGAGGGUCACCUCCACCGACGACGAAGACGUGUCCUCCAUAGAACUCUUGCUCGACGAAGGCCUCGGGAGAGGCGGGGAGCGCACGAAUGCGGAGGUGGUGCCUUCGCCGCCUCCAUCGCUGCAGUCUGUGCUGAUGGCAGGAAUCGGCGCCAAACCGGCAGCCAACUCUGGGCAGCCAGCGCCGAGACAGAUCGACUACAUCGAUUGCCAGAGCUUGUCAGCCGGUGAGGAAGCCGAAGUGACGUCCAGGUGGAGACCCCUCUCCGAUCUCGACGCAGAAGCGUCGCCAUCCGGGAAUGAGGAGGAGCUCGUUGCGGCGGUGACACAGACGCGGCCACCUCCACCGGCCGACCAGCCCUCUCCGGCGGAGGCGCAGCCACUGCCACACCCCGAUGAGUCCGUUGGGUCGGUGGCGACUAUACCGGAGAUGGUGGCGCCGGCCCCGGCCCCGGCCCACCGCCGUUGAGGACUCCGUCCCUCUCGCCCGUCCAUCGAUUCAGCGAAGAUUAUCCAAGGCGCGAGAAGCAGAGUAAGAAGUUGGCCUGUGCCCCGUUCUGGAGUCGAUGCUACGAAACAAUGGCCUACUGAUGUUGUGCAAUAGUAAUUGGUCCCACUUCUGAAUCUUCUGAUGUGUUCUUCGAAUAUUAGUUACCAGUGGUUCUUUCUGAACAUUAGUUUUUCUUCUCCAGUAAUGCGGCAAACGCAAUGGUUUUGCUGCAUAUUAGUUUUUUUUUUUUUGCGGGAAAUUGCUGCAGUAGUAUUAGUUACCGGUGGUUCUUUCUGAACUUUGGUUCAGGCAGGCUAAGUGCUGCAGGCUUCUUUUAUGAGAGAGAAAUUGCUGCAGGUUAAUUGCUGUGCGUGUUAUUUUGGCUGAUA